UCAAAACAAAGCAAGGAAAAGAUUUGAUAUCGGAUGAUCAAAGUGCAUUAGAGAAAAUAUAAACCCAAGUAGCUGAAAAAUAUAAAAAAAAUGUCUUUAGACGAUGUUGAAAAGUGUGUUGCACAAGGACAAAGUGGUCAAUGGAACUCACUGUAUGUACUUUUAGGCGUAAUUUUAAUGCCAGUUGCUUUGCCCUUUGUACUUAUGGAAUGUUUCUAUCGACUCCGAGUUAAAAGGUAUCGCAAUGAAUUAGCUGAAAAGGUUGUGUUGAUAACUGGUGCCAGCUCUGGUUUGGGAGAAUCCUUGGCACAUGCAUUUUACAAAUCCGGCUGUAAAUUAAUUCUGGCAGCUAGGCGAAUUGAAGAACUGGAACGGGUAAAAAAGGACUUAUUAGGCUUAGAUGUGGGCACCGUUACAUUUCCACCGGUUAUCUUGCCUUUAGAUUUGGCAGAAUUAAAAGAUAUUCCCACAUUUGCACAAAAAGCACUAGAAGUUCAUAACCAAAUAGAUAUACUAGUUAACAAUGGUGGUAUAAGCGUUCGAGCUACGGCUAUUUCCUCUGCUGUGGAUAUUGAUUUGAAAUUGAUGGUUGUCAAUUACUUCGGCUCAGUAGCUUUGACUAAAGCUUUAUUACCAUCGAUGUUAAAGCGGAAAAGUGGGCAUAUUUGUUUCAUAAGUUCAGUACAAGGUAAAUUUGCCCUACCUUAUCGCUCGGCGUACUCUGCUUCCAAACAUGCCUUGCAAGCGUUUUCGGACUCGUUACGUUCAGAAGUAGCUAACAAGGGAGUACAUGUGGCAUGCAUAAGUCCAGGGUAUAUACGCACGCAGCUGUCUAUGAAUGCACUUACAAGUAGUGGAGAAACUUAUGGAAAAAUGGAUAAAACAACGAAUUCAGGAAUGCGGCCAGAAAAAGUAGCUAAUCGUAUUUUAAAUGCAAUUGUGUGCAAAGAAAAAGAUGUAAUAAUCUCCGAUUUACAAGCGAAAUUCGCAUAUUACGUUCGAUACAUAUGGCCAUCGUUUUACUUCUGGAUAAUUGAAAAACGUGCAAGGAGACUGGAAAAGGAGGAAGCUGCUGAGCAAAAGAAAUAAAAAUGAGCAGCAUAUUCUAAUUAUAUUUAUCUAACUCUUUGUCGGGUAAAUUACACUACAAAAAAGAGGGGCAAAUUAUAUACAUAUAUGACAAAAGUAUAAAAGCGUAAUUUAUGUUUAUAUGUAAAAUACAUUUUACAAUAUAUAACUCAACAGCUUUACUAAACACAA